AUGAAAAAUGCUGAAAAAUAUGCGAAUAUUGCAGUGGAAUCAGACAAGUAUAAUGCAAAUGCCUUAGUGAACAGAGGUAAUUGUCACUUUCUCAAUAAGGAAUACAGGGAGGCCAAAGAAAUGUACCAAAGAGCUCUCGAAUGUGAGUCAGACUGCGUACAAGCAAUUUACAAUCUGGGUCUUGUUACAAGAGAGUUGAGAGAGUACGAAGAAGCAUUAGCCUGUUUUAGACGAGUUCACUCGAUGAUUCCAGAAAAUAUUGAAGUGAUCUAUCAACUUGCAAGUGUUCAUUCCAAGAUGGGUGAUAAUAUCACUGCCAUUGAAUGGUUCAACGUUCUAAUUACUCUAGUUCCAACGGACCCAGGUGUUCUCUAUGAUCUGGGAACUAUUUAUGCUAAGGAAAAUGAUGAAAGUCAGUCCUUCAACUAUUAUCUCGAGUCCUACAAAAAUUAUCCUAUCAAUCUGGACGUAAUAUCUUGGCUUGGAUUCUACUUUGUCAAAAACGACAUUUAUGAGAAGGCUCUUGCAUAUUUUGAAAGGGCUUCAGAAAUUCAACCAAACAAAAUUGACUGGCAGUUGAUGGUUGCAAGUUGUCAUCGAAGAGUGGGCAAUUUACAGCAAGCCAAAAAGUGCUAUGAGCGAAUUCACAACAAGGAUCCUGAAAAUUAUGAAUGUGUACAGUACUUGGAGCAAAUUUGUAGAGAUCUCAAUCUACGAAAGGAGGAAAGAAUGUAUGCUGAAAAGAAGGCCAAGCUGAAAAAUAGAAUGAAGGAAAAGCAGGAGGAGCAAGAAAAGCAAAAGGAAGAAAUGAAAGAGGAGAAGAAGGAGGAAAAUGAUAAGUUGCAGCAAGAGUUGAAGAUCCAUGAAAAAACUAUUGACAUGGUUAUAGCAGCUAACAAAUCUCCGUCCAGCAAAUUGGCCAACAAACAGGCUUCUUUUGAUACGGAUGCUGACCUAAACGUAAAUGAUAAGAGAGUAGAGAACGAAGAUGAUAUGUUAAAUGUUGAUACUGAUGAUUACAUUGAAAGCCUGUAUAAUUAA